GGUGCUGUGUGUAAACCGAUUCCAAGCUCAGCCUUUUGUAUCUCCGCGUAGAGUAGGAGGAGUGGAAGCCUCUCUCUCUCCCUCUCUCACUCACACGCACUCUUUUCCUCACACUGGGCGGACUAGACUCAGCUGAACCACCUCAGUCAGUUUUGUGAGCUCUCGCCCACGGCCACCCUCGUACAGUAGACGAACAGCUCAUACAGGUGUGCAUGUAGCCUAUCCAGCGUGGCUGCUGUAAGUGCACCUGUAAAUUGUCAUGUGAUGAAAGUUUCUGGGCGUGGAAAACUUCGCGUAGCUUGAUCGUUGGAUUUCUAUCGCUGUCCUUGUCACAUUCUCGCGGCUCCGGGAUUAUGCCCUGAUUUCUCUCCUUUUGCGCCCCAACGGAAUGAUGUUUUUCUCUUCAAACCACGGAGGAAACGAGGGGAGAAUUAUGUGAACUUUCUUAUGAAUCAACACCGACUUGGAAAUUUACUAUUGGUUGAUUUGCUUAUCAUCGACGAAAGAAAAGAAGUCUCCAACGUCGUCGCGCCAGUGUAGAACUGCCGUACCUAAAGGCCUCCUGAAUCCUGUUGGACCACUCCGGAACCCUGUUGGACCACUCCGGAAUCCUGUUGGAACCCUGAGGAACCGGCGCGCCGGGCCCCACUGUAGCGCAGGACAGCAUAUCCUGCAGAGAUGGCGCUGUGGGCCCUAGCAGGGCUGCUGUUGUGUCUCUCCACCCAUCCCUCUCUCAGCAGCAGCAGCACCAGCGACACCGCCCGCUCCUUCACCUCCAAGACCCUCAUCAACAACGUGGUCCAGGACACCGCCACCGGCCGCGUCUACGUGGGCGCGGUCAACUCCCUCUACCAGCUGGACGCCAGCCUGUCUGUGGAGCACCAGCUAGAGACUGGCCCGCAGAAGGACAACCCCAUCUGCACACCGCCGAUCACGUCCACCUGCCAAGACCCCAAGGACACGAACAACCACAACAAGCUGCUGCUGGUGCACUCGGCUAACGGCAGCCUGGUGGUCUGCGGGAGCUUGUUCCGCGGGAUCUGCUCCCUGGUCAAUCUCACCAACGUGCAACAGGUGCUCUACUACAGUGACAGUAAAGGGGAGAGGACCUACGUGGCCAGUACGGAGGAGAGCGUGAAUGUCGUUGGGGUGUUGUCGUCCACCAUUAGCAACCACCACAACCUGAGUGCCUUCCUAGUCGCCAAGGGUUUUGGCGCGGCCGACGGCUCCAAGCUGAUCAGCACGCGCGUCCUGGAGGAGUUCGGUGAUUGGGUGGUGUUCAACAUCGUGGAGGCCUCCAUGGUGCAGACGGGCCCCUUCGUGCAGCGCUACAUGCACGACUUCCGCCACGCCUUCAAGGACAACGGCUUCAUCUACUUCCUAUUCUCGCGCACCACCGGCAUGGGUGACAAGGCCAACUUCACGUUCGUGGCACGCCUGUGCGAGAACGACGCCCACUACUACUCCUACACGGAGCUGCAGCUCAACUGCAGCAGCUCCAAUAAAUACAACAAGAUCCAGGCGGCUCAUGUGGCACCAGCCGGCGCCGAACUGGCCCGCGAUCUGACCGCAGCCGGCGAACACGGAACGGUGGAGCCCGACGACCUGGUGGUGUACGCUGUCUUCAGCUCGGACGAGGACGCAGCGGGCAGCUCCGCGCUCUGCAUGUACCCUCUGGCCAGCAUCAACCAGGCGCUCAAGAGGGUCAUCAGUGCGUGCUACAACAACAAGGGCGUCAUUGAUGGCAAGGUCGCCGUCUACUCGCCCUUCACCAAGGACGACAACCCCUGCAAAAACACUGAUUAUGGGCAGAAGGAUCUGGUGAACAACUACAGCUGCGGCGAUGAGUUCCUCCCUUCCCCACUGGCCGGCAAGCCCGAGUUCGCCCUGUCCGCCACCGAAGCCCACACCCGCCCCGGCCUUCUCACCGCCGUGGCCGUCGCCGUGGAAACCGACCACACGGUGGCGUUCCUGGGCACCAAAGGUGGUGAAGUACUCAAGGUGCACCUGACCAGUAGCCCCUACUUCUACGGCAGAGUACCAGGGGACAACACGGGUGAGAACAUCAACAAGAACCUGCUCUUCGACCUCAAGUGGGACCACCUCUACAUCACCUCUGAGAAGACGAUCACCAUGGCGCCAGUGCAGGCAUGCCACCUGAAGGAGGACUGCCAGUCCUGCAUGGCACUCAAGGACCCCUACUGCGGCUGGUGUGUCCUGGAGGGCAGGUGUACGAGGAAGGGGGAGUGUGAGAGCGCAAUGAAGGAGAAUGCCUGGCUUUGGAGUCCUCAGCAGAAGUGUCUGACCAUCCAGAAGUUCACACCACCCAACAUCAGCUGCAAGAAGACCCAACAUGUGAUGAUCGAGAUCCCGGCCCUCCCCCCGAUCGAUCCAUAUCAUCCGACCUGCAUGUUUGGGUCGUUGGAGAAGACUGCUGAUGUCAAUAGGACAGUGGUCACCUGUAGCCUGCCAGAGGUGAACUCGAUCAGUCCCACACCUGAGAAUCAAGAUUAUGUGGCGGUACCGGUGAGGAUCCUGUUGGAUCGGAAUGGCCGUAAGGUGGAGGUGGCGGUCAGUGAGUUCCAGUUCUACAACUGUGCCGCUGUAGUGAAGAACUCAGAAAACACACCGUGCAGAGCAUGUGUCAACAGUCAGUGGGGUUGUCAGUGGAACACCAUGGACCACACCUGCAGUGACAGCGACAUUUCUGCAGGUGGCUCUCACAUCAUCAAACACAAGGAGGGAGAGAGCUGCCCUCAGUUUGAGAACCCACAGCCCUUGCUCAUCCCUGUGGGAUUCAAGACUCCCAUCACAUUCCAGGGCAAGAACCUGGCUGUCUACCAGGGCAAACACUUUAAGAUUGGCACUGACCUCAUGAAGCAGGUGGAGGAAGUGGUCACCCAAGAUGGGAAUUCAAACUUCAAUUUCAGUGGAUAUGAGUUUUCCUUUGACAAAUCCCAAGAGGUGAAUGUAACGUUCCACAUGAAGGACACGGUAACUGAGAAGAAGAUUGACAGCACCCUGCAAGUGGUGCUGUAUAACUGCUCUGUUGGUCGUGAGGACUGCAGCCUGUGUAAGAAUGCCAACGAGACGUACGGUUGUGUGUGGUGCGCCACCACCCGCUCCUGCAUCUACAAGGGACUCUGUACCCACCAGGAGGUGGAGCCGAACUGCCCAGCACCAACGAUCACGGAUAUCAUCCCCCGCUUUGGGCCUCUGAAUGGAAACAUUGCAGUCACGAUCAAGGGCUCCAACCUGGGCAUCAAGAAGGAGGACAUCAAGAGGAUCACAGUGGCUGGAGUCCCCUGCAUCCACCAGGCGGACAAGUACUCAGUCUCCACUAGUGUUGUGUGUGUGAUCGGACCAGGUGGCACGUCGUUAAAGACAGGAUUCGUGGAAGUGGAGGUGGAAGGUCAGGAAGGUCACAAGGAGACAUCUGAAGUAUUCUUUACUUACCGGGACCCCCAGCCCAAGGCUGUGUCCCCAAACAAAGGGCCUGCCGAUGGGGGAACCGUCAUCACAAUCAGGGGCACGGAGCUGGACACGGCAUCCCAACACGACAUCAGCAUCACUGUGGGAGGAGUGGCCUGCACAGUGCUGUCGUUUGGGGAAGAGAUUACCUGUCAAACAGGUAAAUGGCCAGCUGGCCAACGCAUCCCCACCGACCCCCUCACCGUCACCAUCAAAUAUGGCGACCAAACGACCAAAGAGGUGCCGCACAGCUUCCUGUACGCUGAGAACCCCAAGGUCAUAAAUUUCUCCCCAAGAAGCAGCUUUGUGUGUGGCGGUCGGAACAUCACAGUACAUGGAACCGGUUUUAGCCUCAUCCAGAACGCCUCUCUGCAGGUGCUGCCGUCUAGAGAUGAGUCCUCCGGCGAGAGUGACUCGAGAGUCGUGUUUUUGGAGGAACCUCUACUUAAGAACGACACAGCUCUACUGUUCCGCUCCCCGAAGGUGACCCAGACCCACGACCUCCAGUCCCUUAGAACCAUUGUCCAGCUGGACAACCAGAAGGAGGAUCUGUCAGGGUUCCACUACCACCCAGACCCCGUGUUUGAGAACCUCACCAAAAACAUCAUCUCGGAGACCAGCAUCAUCAGCGUCUCGGGUCGGGGCUUCGCCAAGGCCAUGACGGCCAGAGAGGCGGAGGCGUACGUGGGAGACGUGAAGUGCAACAUCACCAUCCUCAACGACGACAAGCUCUUCCUGGAGGCUCCGUCCACCCAUCCGACCGCCCGCUCGCGCCCACACAGGCACAAGAGGGACACCAAUUCACAGCUCCUGGACCUGUUGAUUAAGUUCGGUAACGGUGAGUGGGUGGUGGGCUGGGUGCAGUAUGAGAGGAAGUACGAGGCUCCACUGGCGGCCAUCAUCCCCGGAGUCAUCAUCCCCAUGGUGCUCUUCAUCAUCUUCUCAGUCUACUGCUACAGGAGGAAGAGCCAGCAGGCAGAGCGAGAGUAUGAGAAAGUCAAACACCAACUGGAGAACUUGGAGGAGAGUGUGCGAGACCGCUGCAAAAAAGAAUUUACAGACCUGAUGAUCGAGAUGGAGGACCACACCAAUGACCUGAGUGAGGCGCGUAUCCCCUUCCUGGACUAUAAGAAUUACACAGACCGUGUCUUCUUCCUGCCAUCCAAGGAUGGCGCCAACGACGUGAUGAUCACGGGCAAGCUGGACAUUCCUGAGGCGCGCAGGGCCAUCGUGGCACAGGCUCUGAACCAGUUCUCCAACCUGCUCAACAGCAAGACCUUCCUCAUCAAUUUUAUCCGCACGCUGGAGAGCCGUCCAGACUUUAAUGCGCGGGCACGCGUCUAUUUCGCCUCCCUCCUGACGGUGGCGCUGCACGGGAAGCUGGAGUACUACACGGACAUCAUGAGGACGCUGCUGCUGGAGAUGAUGGAGGAGCACGUCCAGAGCAAGAACCCCAAACUCAUGCUGCGCAGGUCAGAGACUGUCGUGGAGAGGAUGCUGUGCAACUGGAUGUCCAUCUGCUUGUACCAGUUCCUCAAGGACACGGUUGGAGAGCCUCUGUACAAGCUGUUUAAGGCAAUCAAGCACCAGGUGGAGAAGGGGCCAGUGGACGCCAAGAUGAAGAAGGCCAAAUACACACUCAACGACACGGGCCUGCUGGGGGACGACGUGGAGUACUGCGUCCUGACCCUGCAGGUUCUGGUGCACGGGGAGGGCCCAGACGUGACCCCAGUGAAGGUCCUGAAUUGCGACACGAUCUCGCAGGUGAAGGAGAAGAUUAUCGAACAGGUGUACCGCAACCUGCCCUACUCUCAGAGGCCCAAGGUGGAGAGUGUCGCUCUAGAGUGGCGCCCAGGCUCCACGGGGCAGAUCCUCUCUGACCUGGACCUGACCUCCCAGAAAGAAGGCCGCUGGAAGAGGCUCAACACGCUGGCCCAUUACAAUGUGCGAGACAACGCCACACUGGUGUUGUCCAGAGUCCUUCACACUCAACAGUCCUUUGAUCAGCAUCAGGAUAACCAUGAAGAGCGCAACGCUCUGUUGGAGGACGAUAAGGUGUUCCAUCUUGUCCGUCCGGUGGACGAGCUGGAGGAGGGAAAGUCCAAGAAGGGAAGCAUCAAGGACAAGGCCACCACCAAAGCUAUCACCGAGAUCUACCUGACCAGGCUGCUGUCCGUCAAGGGUACGCUGCAGCAGUUCGUUGAUGACUUCUUCCGCAGCGUUCUCUGCUCCGGAGCCGUCGUCCCUCCAGCCGUCAAGUACUUCUUCGACUUCCUGGACGAGCAGGCGCUGAAACACGACAACGUGGACGAGGAGACGAUACACAUCUGGAAAACUAACAGUCUGCCCCUGCGUUUCUGGGUGAACAUCCUGAAGAACCCCCAUUUCAUCUUCGACGUGCACAUGUCGGAGGUGGUGGACGCCUCGCUGUCCGUCAUCGCCCAGACCUUCAUGGACGCCUGCACCAAGACGGAGCACAAACUCAGCAGGGAAUCACCAAGCAACAAAUUACUCUAUGCAAAGGAGAUCUCCACAUACAAGAAAAUGGUGGACGAUUAUUACAAGGGCAUCAGACAGAUGGUACAAGUGAGUGACCAGGACAUGAACACCCAUCUUGCUGAAAUAUCACGGUCUCACACAGACAAACUCAACACCCAGGUGGCUCUGCACCAGCUUUACCAGUAUGCCAGCAAAUACUAUGAUGGGAUCAUUGCAUCUCUGGACGAGGACCCGGCAGCGCAGAGCAAGCAGCUGACCCUGCGUCUGCAGCAGAUUGCCGCUGCUCUGGAGAACAAGGUCACUGACCUUUAAUGACCCGCACCCAGGUCAGCGCUGGGGUCGUAACCAGGGACAACAGAGAGAGAAAGAGAGAGAGUAAGAAAGAUGGAAGGAAAGAGAGAAAGAGGUAAAAAAAGAUAAGAAAAGUGAGUGAAAGAGAGAGAGACGAGAGGGGGCAAUGUGCUUCCCUCCCUCUGCCUGAAGACAUAGAGACUUCUGUGGGCUUUGUGGGCAGAGAGACCUCCAUUGGAUAAACAGCUUGGCAUGGACGCUGUACACUUACAAAGAAUGGACACAAGAGAGGCACGAAGGCCUCUUUCUCUCUCUCUGACCCUGGGUUGCCGCCAUGGACCCUCCCCUUCCACACACACCCCUGGACUCUUACAAGAGUGGGUAGGUGGGGUUGGGGUCCCACACACACACACCCACAAGAAGGUACAAGAAUAAGAUAUCCCCCCAGCCCCCUUUCUUCUCCCUGGAAAAGAGGAAUAUGCUUAUGUGACGGUACACGACAAAGAAAUGAAAACGACCUUCAUUUUGUUCUGAUUUUACGUUCAAAUCUCCACAGCAGUUAACAGAUGUUCAAUUUUCUUCCUGUGUAGAGCGAGAUAAAUGAUUAGUAUUUUAUGUAAAUAUAUUUUUUACGCUUAAAGGGUGUGUGUGUGUGUGUGUGUGUAUGUGUGUGUGGGGGUAUGUGUGUGUGUUUGUGUGUGUGUGUGUGUGUGAGUAGCAUACGUACAUAUAUAUAUAUAUAUAUAUAUAAAUGGUUUGAUUGGUGAUUUUUAUUUUUUAUAGUCGCUAGCCCGUCUGGGCUCGUUGACCUUUUUAAAAGCACAUGUUGUCGGUGUGGGACCGUACUCUGCCAAAAAUGUCCCUGCUGGAGCAUAGGUGACCUAGCCAGCCGCAGCCAGCCUGUCCAAAUCAUUUAUAAAUCAUCAAUGGGUGU